GACUUCAAAGUCAAGACGGUCUACCGCAACGACAAGCGCGUCAAACUGCAGAUCUGGGACACCGCCGGCCAGGAGCGGUACCGCACCAUCACCACCGCCUACUACCGCGGAGCCAUGGGCUUCAUCCUCAUGUACGACAUCACCAACGAGGAGUCUUUCAAUUCCGUACAAGACUGGUGCACGCAGAUCAAAACGUACUCGUGGGACAACGCGCAGGUGAUCCUGGUGGGGAACAAGUGCGACAUGGAGGACGAGCGCGUCAUCACGACGCACCGCGGCCAGCAGCUGGCCGACCAGCUGGGAUUGGAGUUCUUCGAGACCAGCGCCAAGGAGAACAUCAACGUCAAGGCCGUCUUCGAGCGGCUGGUGGACAUCAUCUGCGACAAGAUGGCCGAGUCCGUCGACACCGACCCCACGCUGGUGGCGGGCGGGGCCGGGGGCGCCGGCAAGGCGGGGGUGCAGCGGCUGGGCCAGGCGGGUGACCAGUACAGCCAGAACAAGCCCAACGCGCAGCAGUGCCAGUGCUGAGCGUGCACGAGACGGGACAGGGCAGAACAGGACAGAACAGACAGGACCACUGGCGUGACGGCGCCCGCCUCCACCGGGCGCCGCUCACAGUCCCCGACGAGUCUGAUGCGUGGCGUAACAAUAAUAAACGCGGGUUUUUGUGUUUCUUCUCUUGUAUCUGUACUUGUACCUAUGCUAUGCGUUGUACGUGACUACUUGUACGUACGUGUGCGAUGAAGUAGACUAUAAGACAGGCAGCGGUGCAUGCAUGCUGUGCACGUGCUCGUGUGUAGACGUCUUCGUAAGUGACUGGCCGAGGCGGGGGGCCGCUGGCCACCGCCCAGCGGUGCGGUCAAUGCAUGCGUUAUUCCUUAAUUGAUAUUUAUUUAUUAAUCUGUCAAGUCUGCACGCUUUCUUUAUCGGUGAAAUGGACGGUAUACCGUUUCUUGAUGCUCCUGUAUACCGGUGUUCAAAAUUACGGCAUUUACUGCAAAUGAAAGUCCAUG